UCGCUGGAGUCACCAGCUCAGAUACCGAUCAGCAAUUGGCAGGUCAGCCGAGCCCGGACGCUCUGAACGCGGGGAUGAAUCGCCUCCCUCCCGGUGGCAUUGCGCUAGACCGCCGCCAACAGUUUGUCGCUUAUUACGGAAGACAUGCCUCAUUAGCUUAAGCCGGUUUAGUGACGGCGUGAAGUUCGUGGAGUGAGGCGUCGCGGCGCGGGACGGGACGGGACGGGGGCCAGUCCAGUGCUGGAAGUGUUCAUGUCGGGACCUCGGCUGCAGGUUCAGCCGGCGGCAGCAUCGCGAGUCCGGGCUGAGCGUGCAGGAUGAGACCGGGGCGAGGGCAGCGCGACUCGGGCAUCACGUUCACAUUCGUGCCGGCGGCGUGAUUCACACAUCUCUCCACCAUGGAGGAGAAGUUCAGCAGACUGAUUUUCAUCCCCAUCGCCGCGGUCAUCUUCCUGAUGAUCGGCUACCAGUACGUGUGCCCGGCGGACAGCAACGCCUGCCACCUGAGAAGCGAUGAGAAGCGGCUCGUCCCGCCGCGCUCGCCGGCGUUCGACUCGCUUCACUCGGAGCCGGACGCGGAGGCGGACGAGGACUUCCCGGCCAAAGUCACGUCCAAGUUCAACUUCACCGAGCGGGACCUGGACAGGCACGUCGACUUCAACAUCCGCGGGGAGGACGUGAUGGUGUUCCUGCACAUCCAGAAGACCGGCGGGACGACUUUCGGCCGGCACCUGGUGAAGAACAUCCAGCUGGAGCAGCCGUGCGACUGCCUGCCCGGCCAGAGGAAGUGCACCUGCCACCGGCCGGGCAAAGCCGAGUCGUGGCUCUUUUCCCGGUUCUCCACGGGCUGGAGCUGCGGGCUGCACGCCGACUGGACGGAGCUGACGAGCUGCGUGCCGGUGGUGAUGAACAAGAAGGACAAGAAGAAUGCCCAAAAGAGCAAAAAGAACUUCUAUUACAUCACUAUGCUACGUGACCCCGUGUCACGCUACCUCAGUGAGUGGAAGCAUGUACAGCGCGGGGCUACGUGGAAGACCGCCCUCCACAUGUGCGACGGCCGCCCUCCCACUCAGGACGAGCUCCCCGCCUGCUACAGCGGCGAGGACUGGACGGGCGUGCCGCUCACAGACUUCAUGAACUGCCCCUCCAACCUGGCCAACAACCGUCAGGUGCGCAUGCUGGCCGACCUCAGCCUGGUGGGCUGCUACAACAUGUCGUCCAUGAGCGAGCUGGAGCGAGGCCGCGUGCUGCUCGCCAGCGCCAAGGCCAACCUGCGCAACAUGGCCUUCUUCGGCCUGACCGAGUUCCAGCGCAAGACGCAGUACCUGUUCGAGAGGACUUUCGGGCUGCGCUUCAUCCGGGCCUUCACCCAGAUCAACAGCACGCGCGCCGCCAGCGUGGGGAUCAGCGAGAAGGUGCGGUGGCGCAUCGAGGGCCUCAACGCCCUGGAUAUGGAGCUGUACGAGUACGCCAAGGAGCUGUUCCUGCGGCGCUACCAGUACAACCGGCAGCGGCAGCACCAGGAGGAGCGGCUGAGGAGGCGGCAGGAGAGGCAGCGGCUGCACAGGAACUAUCUGGCCGAGCUGCUGAGACUGGGAGGCGGAGGGACGGAGGAAGAGGAAGAAGAGGAGGCGGUGAAAGCGGUAGGAGAGGUAGUCACCACCGAGGAUUACAGUAGCCAGGUGGUGCGAUGGUGAGGAGCGGGGACAUCGCGGUACCGAUUCAUUUCUUUCCGCGUCCUGUGACUCAGCCAGGACCCCUCGCCCUCACAGACUCAUAGUGCUCGGUCAGACUGCCGAAAGGUGUCUUAAUAUUUACAAUGUAUGUAUUUGCUAGGGAACCAUGAACAUUUUGUAUUUAUAUUUUUUUUUUCUUCUUAUGGCUACAAUUUGGCACUGCAAUUGUGGAAAAUGUGUUUAUUUAUUCAGUUGCAAGUGCUUUGAAUGUUCUUAAGGCGGUGAAAAUGUUCCUUAAGUUUCGCAAUAAAAGAAAAAAAUGCAGGAGAUGAAAAUAUGUAAGUUAUAAAAAAAUACAAAGGCCUAUUUAUUACAUUUCCUAAAUGAUGACUGGGUCCUUGAUGUCCUGUUUAUCUAGCUCUAUGUUAAACUCUUGUGACUCUGUGGUGUUUGGCUUUAUAAGAGUAUCAAAGCACAAACGGCAGUGUGUUUUCUUCUUUCUGACUGCACUGACAAAGCAAACUGUUCCAAUUUAACCAAUAAAAUUGGUGUAACAAGUUGAA